AUGGCCAACAUCGAGAUCCUCCCGCUCGGCGCCGGGCAGGACGUGGGGCGGUCGUGCGUGGUGGUGACGCUCGCGGGCAAGCGCAUCAUGUUCGACUGCGGUAUGCACAUGGGGUACAACGACUCGCGCCGCUUCCCGGACUUUUCCUUCCUCAUCCCGCAUGCGGCAGGAGAGAGCGCCAUGGGCGCUAGCGGCGAGGUUGGCGCAAGUGGGGCCGGGGUAGGUGCAGCGGGCGAGGCCGGAGCCAACGACAGUGCCCGCGAGACCGCCGUCGACUUUACGGGCCUCAUCGACGCUGUGGUCAUCACCCACUUUCACCUCGAUCACUGCGGCGGGCUGGUGUACUUUACCGAGAUGUGCGGAUAUGACGGUCCGAUCUACAUGACGACGCCGACCAAGGCCGUGGCGCCCAUCUUGCUCGAGGACUUUCGCAAGAUCAUGGUGGAGCGGCACGGCAUGCGCAAGUUCUUCACUUCGGCAGACAUCAAGAACUGCAUGAAAAAGGUGAUCCCAGUUGCGCUGCACGAAACGGUUCAUGUUGACGAGAGCCUCUCGCUCAAGGCGUACUACGCCGGGCACGUCCUCGGCGCCGCCAUGUUCCUCGCGUCAGCCGGCGGCUCUUCGGUCCUCUACACCGGCGACUACAACAUGACGCCCGACCGCCACCUCGGCGCCGCCUGGGUUGACCUCUGCAAGCCGACCGUGCUCAUCACCGAGUCGACGUACGCUACCACCAUCCGCGACUCGAAGCGCGCGCGUGAGGGCGACUUUCUGCAGCAAGUCCACGAGGCCGUCGCCCGCGGCGGCAAGGUCCUCAUCCCGGUCUUUGCCCUCGGCCGCGCUCAGGAGCUUUGCAUCCUCCUCGACACGUACUGGGAGCGCAUGGGCCUCGGCGGCAUCCCCAUCUACUUUUCGGCCGGCCUCACCGCCAAGGCCAACAUGUACUACAAGCUCUUUAUUCCGUGGACCAACCAGAAGAUCAAGGAGUCGUUUGUCCGCCGCAACAUGUUCGAGUUUGCCCACAUCUCCGAGUUUGACCGGUCGUACGCAGACUCGCCCGGCCCGUGCGUUCUCUUUGCCACGCCAGGCAUGCUCCACGCCGGCACCUCGCUGGCUGUCUUCAAAAAGUGGGCCCACUCGCCCAAGAACCUCGUCAUCCUUCCUGGCUACUGCGUCAAGGGCACCGUCGGCGCCAAGCUCCUUGCUGGCGAGACCAAGGCGCUCGAGGUCGACGCGUCGACCGUUAUCGACGUCAAGAUGCAAGUCUCGGCGCUCUCGUUCUCGGCCCACGCUGACGCCAAGGGCAUCCUGCAGCUCAUCUCGCAGUGCCAGCCCGAGUCGGUGGUCCUCGUCCAUGGCGAACGCCGCAAGAUGAACUUUCUCAAGGACAAGAUCCGCUCCUCGUUCAACUUGCCGGCCUACAAUCCGCCCAACGGCGAGACCCUGACCCUCACCACCACGCCGCACUUGGUCAUUGACCUCGAGUCUGACCUCGUCGCCGCCUCGCUCUCGUCCAAGCGCAAGCGCCUGCCGAGCUACGCUGCUGCCAACGGCGACAACGACGGCGACAAUGACGACGACGCCGCCCCUCUUCCGCUUGCCGCCCCGCUCGCCACAAAGCGCGCAAAGCUUCUGGACCGGCCGGCCAUCCCGCUCUCGGGCGUCCUCCUCGUCGACCGCGACUCGUCCGGCGCGGUCGGCGAUGCCCGCCUGCUCUCGGCCUCGUCGGCUCUGCAAGAAAUGGGCAUGGUUGAAGUCGGCAUGACCGUCGCUGUCGACGUCCAUGUCGCUGAUGCCGACCUCGCCGCCGUCGCCGCACACCUCGCCGCCCUCCCCUCCCUCGCUUCAGAGCUCAACAUGACGCACGACCCACCGAACCGCCUUGUCUCGGCCUCGACUUCGCUCGUCAUCUCCAUCCCGCCUGACAACCCGUCCAAGUUUGUCUUUGCCUGGCACUACCGCGACGAUGCCCUCGCCCGCCGCGCCCUCACUGCUGUACAUGCCCUCGCGCCCGCGGCGCAAGCCGCUCUGUAAACCGUGACAGCCCAC